AUGGUUAUGGAAGUGUUGUCAAAGCUCUUGGAGAAGGCUGUGGACUUGGGACACAUUAGGCUUCAUGCUUCCUGCUUCACGCCUAGAAUCACACAUCUCUUGUUUGCGGAUGAUCUUCUAGUGUUCUCUGAUGGUUCCAGACACUCAAUCUCUGGAGUCAAGGCUGUAAUGACAGGGUUCAAGGAGUGGUCAGGACUUGAUAUGAAUGCCGCGAAAUCAGAGAUUUUCUUCGGGGGUUUCUCAGAUAUUGAGACUGCAGUAAUAAGCGACAUCACUGGAUUUAAAGUCGGAACCUUCCCAACUAGGUAUCUCGGUCUUCCUCUCAACCCGAAGAAAAUAAGCUUCACUACGCUGCAGCUGUUCCUUGAGUGUAUUUCUUGUAAGCUUAACUCUUGGACUGUUAAGAGCCUAUCCUUUGUAGAGAAGAUUACACUUGUAUCAUCGGUGAUCUAUGGCAUUGUCAACUUCUGGAGCUCAGUGUUCUCUCUGCCGAAAAAGUUUUACAACAGAGUGGACUCCAUCUGUGCCUCCUUUCUAUGGAAGAACAAGACUACUGCAGGCUCUGGUGCCAGAGUAAUGGGGCUAAGCGGUGUGGACCACCUGCUUCUUUGGGACUGGAAUGCUGUUGAAAAUCUUAUUAGGUUUCUGGUCAUAUUUUACAACAGCACCUUGGCUGUCUCUGUCUCAUCUAAGGUUAAUGCACUCAAAUGCUAUGGUGAGAUAGUGAUGAUUGAGAGAAAUCUCACUGGUUUAGCUAAUAGCUUAGACUUGGAGUUGAAGUGGAAGGCAUAA